AUGGCUAGCCAAAUUUGCAAGCUUGAUCAGGUGUUGCGUCGAGCCUUUGCUCGUUGCAAGACAACUCUCAUUAUGGGGCCUCCUGGUGGUGGCAAAGGGACAAUCAGCAAAAAGCUGAUCAAGGAUUUCCACUUCCAUCACGUAUCAGCGGGCGAUUUGCUACGGCAUCAGGUGCGCGUGGGAACACCUCACGGCAUCCAGGCUAGAACGUACAUGGAAUCUGGCACGCUUGUGCCGGAUGACCUCGUGCUUGAGAUGUUUAUGAACGAGGUCUCAAAACUCACCUCUUCUCGUGUGCUCCUGGACGGCUUUCCUAGAACCAGCGUGCAGGCGACGGCCCUCGACAAGGAAUGCCACGUGGACAUUGCCAUCAACUUGAGCCUUCCCAAUGAGGAAAUUGUGAGAAGAAUCAGCAGCCGCUGGAUUCACUCCCCAUCAGGUCGUACUUAUGCAUAUGACUACAACCCGCCCAAGGUUGAAGGACAAGAUGAUGUCACUGGUGAGCCACUGGUGCAGCGAGAUGACGACAAGCCAGAAGCUGUUCGAGCUAGACUGCAGGAGUAUGACAAGCAGACGCGCCCGUUGCUAGACUUUUACAAGGCAAAGGGCUGCCUACAUGAAUUUGAUGGAACUGGCUUUCCCGACCUUGUGGCGAAGGAUAGACGAUCAGAUGCAAUCUAUUUGUCGUUGAAGCCCUUCAUGGAAGCAAGCCUGGCCACGUGA